AUGACCCCAACACGUCACUCCGCCCUGCCCAGAAACAAUACUGACCCGACGACUAAUACUUCAAAAGAUGCGCAUGAAGCAGUGAUUAAAGUGUCAGAGUCGGUCAUCUAUUCUACGAUUCUGCCACAUACUGCAGAAGCUGGUGAUCCUUACUACAUUGGUGACGCCUACUCAGAAUACCCUCUAGAUAUUUCUCGUGAGUGGGAAAUAAAUAGUACGAAUGCUCCAUAUCUUGCUCAUGUGAAAUCGCUCUCAAGUGCGUGGCCCAGCCUGAGAUAUCUAGCCGACUUCAUGGAGGUCAGCACUACUCCAGUGAGGUGGAAGUUUCUUCGCGAAAACGAAGCAGAGAGACAAGACCGAUGCAACAGAACAAAUAUCACCAUCCUCGACUUUGACCUAUCCGGGAACUCAACCUGUAAGAGAUUCACAGAUAUUGAUGAAUUGGAAGCCGAGUUACGCUGCAAGGAAAAUGGAAACCCCGAUAAAGGUUCUUUGAGACUUUUUGUGGUAGAAGAUCUUUCUCGGGGCGUCAUCGAGACGCUAGGUUCAAAGUUCGACAUUGAUCCGACAUUCUUUCGUAGUCAUAUCGAUGAUUAUUCAUGGUACAACAUCCGAGACCGGUGGAUGGACCCCCCGACUUUGAAAGCAAGAAGCAAACAUCAGAAUUGGACCCAGAUUCGUUUCGUCAGGCCCAGAUACUUCAAGACCAGAGAGUCAUUUCAGAAGGGCCGUGACGAAUCGAAUCGGUUCAACGUCUUCAGAAGACCCGACGAUGACCAGAACCAAUGGCCCUACAUGGACGGCGAUGCGGUCGUUGGGAUAACGAGGACUAAGAUCUCUAUGUGGAUUAGUAAAUAUGACAGUCUAGACUCAGGAGUUACAGGCAUGGUACUAGUCGACCCAACGGUUAAGCAAGGGUUUCCUCUUUGGCAUGGUUAUCAGAAUUGGGCCCCGAUUCCUGGAAUGCACGAGACAGCUUCACCACCAUCGGGAGCACCACGAAUAUCUCUCUUUGAAGAUGUCAUAUACUGGAUAUUGAAAUACCCAUGGUCCCCAUCACUUUCCGAGACAACAUACUUGCAGAACCUUCCAAUCAUCAUGCAGCCCAUACUUUAUUUGACUUGCGCUGAGUGGCUUAUUAUAUGCCAAUAUAUCAAAUCUCGACUUGGCCAGAUUGAAUGGGAAUUGUCAAAUCCUAGUGAAUUCUACAAAGAUACUUAUAUCAUCGACAAGUCUUUAGAAAGAUUACAUACGUGGAGACGGCAUAUACCGUUCUACCGAGAGAUACUCACGGAGACGCUUCGAAGUGCUGGGCCGACACCCAUGGAUUCGAGACAUCCCAGUACUGCAGCCAGCAUAGGUUUUUGCCAUGUACACAGCAAGUCGACUGGUGACUCUUCCCACCAAGAACUCGCACAGAUGAUAUUUCCGGAAGAUAUAACACCUGAUAUCGAAGAGGUGAUUCGACAGAUGAGUGAGCUACAGGAACGCACUGACAGACUAACGGCGAUGGUCGUGGCAGCCAUAUCGAUUGCAGAUUCACAUCGAAGCCUUGAAGAGAGCAGAAAUGUCGCGCGUCUUACUUGGCUUGCGACUAUCUUUAUCCCACUAUCAUUUAUCACCGGCUUCUUCAGUAUGCAAGAAGAUAUUACAAAACUGCGAGUAACCUUUGGUUGGUACUUCGCCUGCGCAAUACCAGUUACUGUUUUGACAUUGUCGAUCGUUGUGAUUGCAAGGUAUCAGGUGGGGAGAAAGGCAGAGGGUAUCAAGAAAACAUCAGCUUGA